AUGACAAAUCUACCCUCGUCUCUUUUUCCUAUUCCUUUCAUCUUCGCCUCCAUCAUUAUUUUCUUCCCUUUUCUGCUGCUACCGACCGCCGUCAACGGCCUCGGCUCUGCAUCAACCACCGCCGUCGUCUACGGAACCGGCACCUUCUGCGGCAUUGUUGCUGGCGAACCCACCCGGAGAAUAUUAUGCUAUCAAAACGGUCAGACUAUCCAAGUCCUUCCCAAUGUCUCCUUCCAAGCCAUCUCCGGUGGCCGGAGCUUCUUCUGCGGUCUCCUCUCCGGCGGUUUCACCCUCCUUUGUUGGGACACUACGGAUUCAUACUUUCCCUUUCAGCCGAGACGCUUGUAUUACAGCUCCACCGUCUCAUUGACUGAUCUAACAGUUGGAGAUACUCAGGUUUGUGCCAGAGCGUUGAGCACUGGUAUAGUCAGAUGCUGGAGAGGAAAAGACGGAAAUGGACACGAGUUUCCCUUUCCGAAUGAGGACCUUCAUUUUCGUGGACUCACAUCUGGAUGUGGGUUUUCUUGUGGGAUUCUGAAGGGAAACAACAGUGUUCAUUGUUGGGGUCAGAGAGAAAGGAAUGGGGAUGAGAUUCAGAGACAGUUUAGGAAUCUUUCAAUGUCAAGCCUAGUUGGAGGAGAAUCCCAUGUUUGUGGUUUGACCAUUAAAGGAGUUUUGGUCUGCCAAGGAAGCAAUAAUGCUGGACAAUUGAAUGUUCCUUUCAGUUCACCUUCGGAAUUCUCAAGUCUUGCAUUAGGAGCGAACUUCACUUGUGCUCUUAGAAGCAAAAAUGGUCUGGUUAUGUGCUGGGGAAGAAUCAACAGGUCUGAGAUCGAGAAUGACAUGAUUCAGAAUGUUUCAUUCGAGUCAAUUGUUGCUGGUUUGGAUUAUGUUUGUGGGUUACUGACAGGAAAUCUGUCUGUGAUCUGCUGGGGACCAGGUUGGUCUAGAAGGCUUAGUACUAACAGUACAGAUCUUGUUCUUCCUAUGGGAAUGAUAAUUCCAGGACCAUGUAUCAAGGAUUCUUGUAGCUCUUGUGGUACAUACCCGAACUCCGAGGUUCUCUGUCAUGGGUCUGGAAGAAUAUGUUAUUCCUGCCAAACAGAGGAUCCACUCGCAGUGCCAUUACCAAUCACACCCCCACCAUCACCACCAUCACCAUCUUCAAAUUCUUCAACCCCACCUGCGGGAAUAAGAAACACAAGAGAGAGGUUGAUAUCUCUGAUUCUUGGAUCAGCUGGUGCUUUUGUGGGUCUCUGCUCAGUUCUUUUCUGCUUGUGGUUUGGAACAUGCCGUUUAUUAUUGCAGAGAAAAUCUAACAAUUUAGUUCAAGCCACAGCCAGUGAAGCCGAUGCGGAUAUUACUUUUCCCGCUGCUUCAACCACAGACACAACCAUAAGAUCAUUCUCCAGCAAACGACAGAAUUCACGGACAUUAAGGAGCUACAGAAGAAGUGGGUCAUCCUCCAUUGUAGUAGACAGGAUGGAGACCUUCACAUUGUCAGAACUCGCGAUAGCCACUAACAACUUCUCCAUUGACAACAAAAUAGGCUCCGGAAGCUUCGGCAUUGUGUACAGAGGCAAGCUAGAAGAUGGACGUGAAGUCGCAAUCAAACGAGGAGAAACCUGCACGAGAAAGAAGAAAUUCCAAGAGAGAGAAAGCGCAUUCGAUUCAGAAGUGGCUUUGUUAUCUAGGCUUCAUCACAAACACCUGGUGGGCCUCCUUGGAUUCUGCGAGCAAAACGACGAGAAGCUCCUGGUCUACGAAUACAUGACCAACGGAUCACUCCACUACCACUUGCACAACGCUCACAACACCGAAAGAACCAGCAGUGUUGUAAAUUCAUGGCGAUUGAGGAUCAAAAUCGCCCUCGACGCGGCCAGAGGGAUCGAGUAUCUUCACAACUACGCAGUACCCUCGAUAAUUCACAGAGACAUAAAGUCAUCAAACAUACUAUUAGACUCAAAUUGGAACGCCAGAGUCUCAGACUUUGGAUUAUCAUUGAUGGGUGAGGAAGGACACAUAUCAACAAAAGCUGUAGGAACAGUAGGGUACAUAGAUCCAGAGUACUACGUAAUGAACGUUUUGACCACAAAAAGUGAUGUGUAUGGAUUAGGGGUGGUUAUGUUGGAGCUUCUGACAGGGAAAAGAGCAGUGUUUAGAGAGGAGGAGGGAGGGGCAAGUCCAGUGGGAGUGGUGGAAUAUGCAGGACCGAGGAUCGGAGGAGGAGAGCUAUGGAGUGUGUUGGAUUACAGAGUAGGAGAACCAGAGGCGAACGAAGUUGAAGGUUUGGAGAUAAUGGCGUAUAGCGCGAUGCAUUGUGUGAAUUUGGAGGGGAAAGAGAGACCGAGUGUGAGUGAUAUCGUGGCGAAUCUGGAGAGAGCUUUGGCUUCUGUUGAAGGGAGUCCAGGUUCUCUUCCUCUGCCCUGUUCCAAUGAAACUUGUGACGACUACAUGGCCGUACGAUGA